GAUGGUCUUAUUCGCAAUGGCAUGUCUCACUAUAAUCCAUUGAUUGGCAUGAUCAGCAUUCUAUCCUCGACCUUCUGACAAUGGAAACUAUAAUUACCUCCAUCUUCUCUAGCCCGACCGAACAGAUACUUCUUCCCCGGGCGCAACCAUACGCGCUUCCCUAUUUCGCCAAACAGUUAGCCUGCAUUUUGCCCAAGUGAGGUAAACAAGACAUACCCUCGAGGAAAUCCCCUUCAGACUCGAGGAUCCACAUGGGCAGACGAAUGGAACCAGCUGCUUGCACGCCAGAACAAGGCUAAGUGACCGGCUGAAAGAAUGACGGCGGCAGCAUUGCACGUGAAAGCCUUCCGCGGGGAAACCCGCCGGACUCCAAAAACACACCAACGCGUGAUCACGUGCGCAGGCGUUGGCGGUGGCAGCUUUACCCACUUUGGGUAAUAAUUGCUUCGCGGGUGCCGGCGGAAAACGUCAUCACCACCUUUUCCUUCAGACAAGAAAAUGGAGCCUCCGGGCGAGGAGCGUCCCGACAACAACAACAACAACAACAACAACAAGGUUGCAGAGGAUGGAUUCGAAACCCUCAAAUAUCAACUUCUUGGACCCUCCUUGACCAAAGCCGGUCAGGAUGCCGUGGAUCAGCGGAAGGUGUCCGAAAUCAUCUACAACGCCUCCAAGGGCUCCAAAUUCUUCAACCACGAGCAGAACCGCGACAAGGUCCUGACGGACAAGAUCGCGCGGAUUCUCCGCGACAAGGCCCACCUCGAGACGCUCGAUCUCUCGGCGGACCUCCGGCGCGCGGACCAGCUGAUCGCGGAGCUGGAGCUGACGCGGGAUUUGAGUCAGCACGUCGUGCACGUCGACUGCGACGCCUUCUUCGCAGCGGUCGAGGAGCUGGACCACCCAGAGCUGAAGACCGUGCCCAUGGCCGUCGGCAAGGGCGUCCUGACGACCUGCAACUACGAGGCGCGCAAGUUCGGCGUCCGCAGCGGCAUGGCCUCCUUCGUGGCCAUGAAGCUCUGCCCGCGGCUGGUCUGCCUGCCGAUGAACUACGACAAGUACAGUGCCAAGGCGAGGGAGAUCCGCGCCGUCUUCGCCCGGUACGAUCCCCUUUUCGAGAGCGCGAGCAUCGACGAGGCCUACCUCAACCUGACCGCCUACUGUGCGGAGAACGGGGUGGGCGCGGAGGAGACGGUCGAGCGCAUGCGCGCCGAGGUGCUGGCCGAAACCAAGGUCUCGGUCUCGGCGGGCAUCGCGGCGAAUGCCAAGCUGGCCAAGAUCGCCUCGAAUCGGAAUAAGCCGAAUGGCCAGUUCUGCGUACCGAGCGAGAGAGAGGCGAUCAUGGCGUUCAUGCGGGAGCUGCCGGUGCGGAAGGUGAAUGGGGUGGGGCGGGUGUUUGAGCGCGAGCUGGAGGCGAUCGGCAUCAAGACCUGUGGGGAUAUCUUCCCGCAGCGGGCGUAUCUGACGCGCUUGUUCGGGGAGAAGGCGGCGUACUUUCUCAUGCAGUGCUAUCUGGGUCUGGGAAGGACGAAGAUCCAGCCCGUGGAGAACUAUGAGCGGAAGAGUGUGGGCACGGAGCGCACGUUUCAUGAGUUGGGCGGUAAGGAGGAGCUUCGCGCGAGGUUAUGGUCGGCGGCCGAGGAGCUGGAAAAGGACCUCGCUCGCACGGAGUUCAAAGGUCGUACCCUGGUGUUGAAGGUCAAGCUGGCAACCUUCGAAGUGCUCUCGCGGCAAUGUCAGCCCUCGCGCGCGGUAUUCACCGCCAAGGAUCUCUAUGCCUUCUCCCUGCCAAUGCUGGAGAAGCUGGAGAAGGAGAUCCCUGACAUUAAGCUGCGAUUGCUUGGUCUGCGCUGCACUAACCUCGUGAGCACCAAGAAAGUCGGCAUCGAGUUCUUCGGGGUCGCCCCUCGGCCGAAACCAGCCGUGGAGCCGUCUACCGACGACAAUCCCGACCAAGAGAUCGGCGCGGAAGAAGCGUUUGAAAGAGCUGCGCGUCAGGAACUACACGACGAGAUGAAUGAGAUUGAGAAGCUCAGCCAGGAAGUCUCCGAAUCAGCAGAUGUCGACGGCAAGCCUGCCCAGAAUACAACCCCAGCGUAUUGGGAUUGUCCGAUAUGUUUGAGACCUCAGGUGGCAGAUGAUCGGGUCUUCAACGACCAUGUCGACUACUGUCUCUCCAAGCAGACCAUCAAAGAGGCGGUCCAGGGCGCCAUUGAGCAUGUCCGCGAAGAAACCCCGCCAGCAGCGUCCAAAUCACGCAAACGCAAACCCCCCGGACAGGAGUCUCCGGGUCCGCGACAGAAGAAACUGUUCUUUUCUUGACCACUGCGGCGUGGGUAUGGUAUGCGUCGAUGUUGAGCUCCGAUGGAGCGUUCUCCGAUGUCAACCGUCAUUCCUCGGCCGGUCCGUGGAAAUUACACCCCCAAUCUGUUUACAGUAGUAUUUGGCGUCACCACUUCUUUUUUGAGAGUCAUACACUAUAGACAACCACAUAUACCCCGUUUGGCUUCCCACACAUGAACAACUUCGAAUUAGAUAAAAUAUAUUUUUGUUGGACGUUUCUCUCAG